CGCUGUCGUUCGCGAUGAUCCUUUGCUUCAUCCGUAUUCCUGAUCAAAUCAAGAAGGGACGCACGAAGUCCGUCUUGCCAAACUUGCAUCGCCACCUCAACCGCGUUGGCUUUAUCUCAUUGCUCCCGCAACAGUUCAACUACUUCUCGCAGUUCAAUACGGCGGCAACGAAUGCCCCUGGAGCUUGUUGACAGUCAUUGGGCUCUUUUGUGGGUCAGGCGCCACCUUUGCAGUCUGAUACAGACCUUCAGAUCGUCCUUCGACUGGCGGAAGCAGAGAUACGAUCUAUAGGCUUUGGGUCGA